UUUUUUCCUUCUUCUAGAUUAUUAUUAUGAAUUGUCGCAAUGAGACCGAAUAAUUGGGGAUUGAUUGAAUUAUGUGUAGCAUUGUACGGGUCAUUCGUUCCUCAACGUGUGGGAAUUGCUGUAGAGUGACAUGACCUGGUGUACAGAAGAAAAUGUUUGUACAAACCUGAAAGCCUACUGCAUGCUGUAGAGAUUUACUAGAAUUUGUAGUCGUGUCAUGAAAGGAUUUUAUUAAUUUGCUAUGCAGGAUCCUGAGGGUCUCUUUCCUUGCAUUCUCGGUCAUGAGGCUGCUGGAAUCGUUGAGAGCGUUGGCGAAGGGGUGACCGACGUGCAGCCUGGGGACCAUGUCAUCCCUUGCUACCAAGCGGAAUGCAAGAACUGCAAGAUGUGCAACAGCGGGAAGACCAACCUCUGCGGCAAAGUUCGUGGCGCCACAGGGGUAGGGGUCAUGAUGAGCGACCGCAAGAGCCGCUUCUCGGUGAAUGGGAAGCCCAUCUACCAUUUCAUGGGGACGUCGACGUUCAGUCAGUACACUGUUGUGCAUGACGUCAGUGUUGCGAAGAUCAACCCGCAGGCGCCCCUGGAUAAGGUCUGCCUGCUCGGCUGUGGUGUUUCCACUGGUCUUGGAGCAGUAUGGAAUACUGCAAAGGUUGAAGCAGGUUCAGUUGUUGCUGUUUUUGGGCUUGGCACAGUUGGACUUGCAGUUGCUGAGGGGGCAAAAUCAGCUGGUGCUUCUCGGAUUAUUGGCAUUGACAUUGAUGCCAAGAAGUUUGAUGUUGCUAAGAACUUUGGAGUCACAGAGUUUGUGAACCCAAAAGACCAUGACAAACCAAUCCAGCAGGUCCUAGUUGACCUUACAGAUGGUGGUGUGGAUUACAGUUUUGAGUGCAUCGGAAAUGUUUCUAUCAUGAGGGCUGCACUCGAAUGCUGCCACAAGGGCUGGGGUACCUCCGUUGUCGUUGGUGUAGCUGCAUCUGGCCAGGAGAUUGCCACACGGCCAUUCCAGCUUGUCACUGGCCGUGUCUGGAAGGGAACAGCUUUUGGUGGCUUCAAGAGUCGGAGCCAGGUUCCAUGGCUCGUCGAGAAGUACAUGAACAAGGAAAUCAAGGUGGACGAGUACAUCACCCACAACAUGAACCUUACCGAUAUCAACAAGGCGUUCGACCUGCUGCACGAAGGCGGCUGCCUGCGGUGCGUGCUGGCCAUGGAGCACUGAGGAUCCUGCUAUGUGUCUCGCCCUGCCUCGAAGCGGAGCGGUUUGUGUCGUGUGAAGUUGUAAUGCAGAUCUAUCCUCCGCCCUGGGACUAUAGAACUCGUUUGGCCUAGAAACUCUUGAACACGAACCGCUGCUAUAAUAAUAUGUUGUGUUGGAUGGUUGCCUCUGGUUGGGGUCAUUA